GUGUUAAUACCUAUUUGAUGUUAUAUGCCCUAAUGUUUUCUCAAAAUUAAAACAUUUGCAGAUGAUGGAGAAAAAUGAGGUGCUUUAUCCUGAGAAAACGAUAGGCAGCCUUCCAGGCAUUGAUGUUGGUCAUCGGUUUUAUUCUCGUGCUGAAAUGGUUGCUGUUGGUUUUCAUAGCCAUUGGUUGAAUGGUAUUGAUUAUAUGGGACAGUCCUACAAGAAAGGGGUAAUGCAUUCAUUUUUUCCUGUGAAAGGGGUUAUAGUGAUUGAACUCAAUUUCUUUGGCUUUUUAUUGAUUGUUAAUUUGAUUUAAAGAUGCUCUAUAACUGCAUUAUCUUACG